AUGGGCAAUAAACAACCAAAGACUAUUUUCACUGAUGAAGAUCAAGCAAUGGCAAAUGCUAUUGAGCAAGUGUUUACGGGGACACGUCAUCGGUUGUGUACUUGGCACAUCGCACAUAAUGCUACAAAAAAUAUUUCUAGCCUUUAUGCCAAUCCUGAGUUCAGGACACAUUUCAACAAGGUGUUUGGUGGUUGUCAAAGUGUACCAGAAUUUGAAGUUGCAUGGGAUUCCAUGACUAGUAAGUUCAACCUUCAAACUCAUCCAUGGCUUAAUAAGCUAUAUAACCUUCGUAAUAAGUGGUGUCCUGCUUUUAGCUUAGAUACUUUCUCUGCAAAUAUGAAAUCCACUCAAAGAGUUGAGAGUACAAAUAAUGUUUUCCAUCAAAUGUGUACAAAGACAACAAAUAUUGUUGAGUUUGUGCUUCACUAUGAGAAAAAGCUAGAAGACAUGCGUUUGACAGAGUUACAAGAAGAUUUUCGCUGCAAACAAGGUAUGCCUCGUCUCAAAGUAAUUAGUGGAAUUUUAUGUCAUGCAGCUGAGGUGUACACCAAUAAAAUAUUCAAGUUCUUUGAAAUUGAGUACAUGAGUUGUUUGACAGUAAGGUUAAGAGAAGUUAGUAAUGAAGAAGGUGUUACUAUCUAUGAAGCAACCGAAGAAGGUCAUAAAAGAGUGAACACAAUUGAGUUUAUCUCUCAUACUUCCAUGGUUUCCUGCUCAUGUAAAAUGUAUGAAGCUAAGGGCAUAUUGUGUCGUCAUGCUUUAAGGGUGUUUGAUUCGAAAUAUCUUACUAGUAUACCGACCCAAUAUGUAUUAAAGAGAUGGACCAAAACGGUCAAAGAAGGGAUGCUUUUGAGUAGUGAUUUAGAUGAUUCAUCACCACAAGGAAAUCUGAAGUCUGCUCAAUCAUUACGUCUCAGUCAAUUGAUGCAUAAAGGAAAUAGUCUUUUUAGCUUAGCGUCAAUGAGUGAUUGGGGUGCUCACAUUGUUAGUGAAAAAUUAUCAGAGGCAAUGAAGUUGGUUGAAAAGGACAUAAAAGCAAAGAAAGCCUCAGAUAAGGUUAAAAAGAAAAAUAGCCUAUCUACUUCCGGUGUUCAAGAUGAUGAUCAACAUAUAUUGGAUCCUCCAACAGUGAGAGCUAAAGGGGUAACCAAUAAGAGAUUGAAGAGUGCUUUGGAAAAAUCGAAGAAAGUGGCAAAAGUUAGAUAUACCUCGAAAAUGUCACCACCUAAUACUGUAGUUUCUGGUAAUACUCAUUCAAUAUGGUUAAUGGCAGUAGACAUCUUGGAUAACAUAACUUUAGCUCUUCAACUUCAAGAAUUCUUAGAAAAAUGCGCAGAUGCUGGAAACAUAGAGCUCAUGGAUUGA